UUGUUCGUGACGGCACGAGAAAAUGGCGACGGUGUCACGGUUGGUGUGGUUGUAAACGUUUACUUUUCAACGAAAAUAUUCAUCAAUAAACUUCGAUUCAUAUCACGUUACUAACACUUACUUUGCCAGUAUUGUUUGCGUAAUUUUCUAAGUCUAAACAGAACGUUUUGUGAUCGCAAGCCGGAGGUAUAAAGAACAUACAACAAAGAACUGUGAAUGUAACUACACAUCCAACAACUAAAACGACCCUGAAACACUAUUAAAAACAUGUUGAUUAAAGAGGAGAAUGAAGACUUUGGUUAUCCAGAACCAUGCGGAGUAAAGACUGAAGAUCCUGAAGAACAAAUAGAUACCGUAGAAGUAAAAGAGGAAGAAUUGAAUGAAGAGGAGCAACAUCAGCAUCCGAAACCUCAAGAAAUCAACAAUGAAAAACCAUCUUUUAGCUCCUCUGACAAUGAACUAUUGAUCAAAUUGUUAGGAGCCAAUAAUUUUUUAACCUGCACUGAGUGUGGAAAAUGUUUUAUACAUAAAGCAAAACUUCAAGUGCACAUGAGACUUCACACUGGAGAGAAGCCUUUUACAUGCAAAGAUUGUGGUAAACGUUUCCAUUGUCAAGCAUACCUAAGGCAGCACAUGAAAAAUCAUGCUGCAGUGAAACCUUUCACCUGCCCUCAGUGCGGAAAAGGUUUCACCGAGAGAAGAUACGUUGAAAAUCACAUGACCAUUCACACCGGGGAGAAGCCUUUCUCGUGCACCCUGUGCGACAAGAGUUUCACACGUAAAGCAACCCUGAAGAUGCACAUGAGAGUUCACACUGGAGAGAAGCCUUUCAAAUGCCAUCAGUGUAACGAGAGUUUCGCACAGAGAUGUACUUUAAAUGUGCACAUGAUGAUUCACACUGGAAAGAAGCCCUUCACAUGCCAUAUGUGUGGUAAGAGCUUUAUACGUAAAGAAAGACUUAAAUCGCACAUGAGGAUUCAUACAGGAGAGAAGCCUUAUACAUGCAAUCAGUGUGGAAAGACCUUCUCAUAUGCAAAACAAUGCAAAAGUCAUCGCUGCUCUUCCUCUGGUUUAAAGUCACUAACAUGUGAUCCGUGUAGCAGAAGUUUUACUUCUGCAUCAGCCCUAAGAAUGCACCUGAAAAGUCAUGCAGAUAAGAAGGCUUACUUGUGUUCUCCCAAGGGAAAGAGUAACAAGAACCAGAAAGAGCGUAUAGUUGUAAAAACUCAUGUCUGCUCGUAUUGUGGAAAAGGUUUUGCUCAGUUGGGAUACCUGAAAACACACGAGAGAACCCAUACUGGAGAGAAGCCAUAUCAAUGCAACUCAUGUGGGAAGCGUUUCAACCAAUCACAUUGUCUGAAGACGCAUAGAAUGAAUCAUUGCCCAAAGAUAAUGCAGUUCGAAAACAAAAAGUAAUUUGCAACGUAAUCAGUACAUAACUGUAGUGUGUAGCAAAUGUUAUGAAAUUCCAUAUAAUACAAUAACUACAGUCACGCUUCAAGUUUGCUGUGUUUUAACGGCGAUUGUGAAGGAAAAUAUGACGCUUUGUAAACCACUUGGAGAAGCACACGUGAGUAGGUAGCGUCUUGACCGCUGAACGAAUAGAAUUAAACAUAUCGUAAAAUAUCCCCAUCUCUCUACGAUGCGCAUCGUAACAUUUUUGCUUCACGAAAUAUCGUAAUACGAAGUAUCGUUACACCCCUAAUUGCCCUAAAUUACUACAUUAUCAUUUUGGAAGUAAGUGAAUUACCAUUUUUAAAUGAAUAAUUUUACUGGUUUCCAUUGCCUUGUUGAUACCUUAAAUUUGUAUUUUAAUUAGCAAAAUUUGAAAUGUUGUUAUUGAAAACAUGUUAUUUGUUCUUGCUGUAUUGCUGUAUGUUGAGAUUUGUCAUUACACUUGUCUCAUAAUAUUUUGUUGCUAAAUUGCUUUUUAAUGUGGAAUUCUUUCUUUCUGUAAAUUUUAUGCAGUUGUUUGGUGAAAAUGUUUUUUUUUUUUUUACAUAUUUUUGGUUGGAAGUGUAAAACACAAACAGUAGAAACAUGAUUUUAAUUUGGAAUGUUUAGAAUUCUGUUUUCAUGGCAAAACCAUUUUACAUACAAGUUGAAUGAAAAAUUACAGAACAAAAACGGAAAAUAAAUAAUCUUAUGGAAACCAGAGAUAAGGUUUAUUGUUAUUUUACAAUGAGAGUAAUUUUUCAAGAUUUUUUUGCAUUAUAGUCUGAAAGAUCACAUUACUUUACACACUGGAGAAAUGCCUUUCUCAUGAAGAGUUUCACCCGUAAACAAGCUUUGAAUGUAUAGAUGAGAGCUGACACUGUAGAACAGCUUGUUACAUGUUUACAGUGUGGGAAGAGUUUCAUUCGUAAACACUCCUUUAAUACACACAUGAGAAUUCACAGUGGAGAGAAGCCUUUCUUAUGCCCCCAGCAUAAAAAGAGUUUCAACGAUAAAGCAAACUGUAAUGCACUCUUCAACGUUCAUGUUAGAGAUACAGUACCUAUUACCUGUUUACAGUGAGAAGAGUAAACAAAGACUUAAAGUACACAUGAGAAUGCAUGCUAGAGAGAAGCAGAAAGAGGUUCCAAAAAUAAUCUUGGUUCACAUAACUACGGUCAAUCAUCGGACGUCAAAACACGUAAUUGUGCAGAUGAGAGGGCUUGCUUGGGUUCUCCCAUAGGAGAGAGAAACCAGACAGAUGUAGUCGUGUUUGCGUUGCAAGUUCUUCUGGCUUGAGACAGCACCAAAGAGGCCAUAAUGGAGAAAGACGCUACAGGUGCUUGAAUUGUGGAAAGGGUUUUUCGCUCAGUCAAGUAGCCGAAAUUGACAAGAGCGAGCCCAUACGGGUGAGAAGCUGAGUGCAUGCAAAUUAAAAGCUUUUUCUAUUCGUCUGUUGACUCAAAGCAGUUUAUAGCUUCAUGUUCUCUUUCACCGUUUGGAUAGAAACGUGAUUUCCCGUCAUGCACAUUUUAUUUUAAACGGUUUAGUUGUGUAUUAAACGAAACCCUUAAUCUAGGAAUCACUUUAUUAUUCGCCUUUUUCACAGCAGGAAUGUUGUCACUACAUAUCAAGUCAGGUGAAG